ACUGGUCUGAGUAAUGGAUUGGGUUGGGAACUGGGGGGAAUGAUGGAGUGGGACCUCCUCGUUCUUCUUCAUCUUCUGCGAGAAGCCUCGCCCAGUUCAUCGUAUCUUUGUGUCUUUAACAGCACAAAAGGGAAAAGAAAGAGCUUGCUGGAGAAAAAAUUAGUACUAAAGGGAGUUCACAUGAAACCCAUGUCAUCCUCACAUCAUCAGUGCGGUUGACGGCCUUGACCCGUCUCUCUCACUCUCUCUCUACCUACCUUCUGAGAAACUGAGGCGAAUCACAGUUGCAUAGUCCUCAAUACUACUCCCCAUCCCUCUUCUCCACCCACCAUCCUCUGUUUCUCUCCUUGCUUAGGCCAUCUUCACCUCGUUCACAAACUCUCUCUCUUUCUCUGAGGUAGUCUUGUCUUUGCCUUUUGUUUUGUCUUUCAUUAGCGAAAGGGAAUUGGUCUUGUUCCGAGGGUGGAAAGUUUCUCAUAUUUCGGCUAUUUGUUUCAUUGAAAACUGCAUGUUAAUUACCCCAGAUUCUCGUGCUCUUGCAGGCUUCUUCUGUAGGGUUUACUUGGUCAGAUUUUUUUGCUCCCCAACUCUUUCUUUUUAUUUCUUUGUCCCUGUCUUUGUUUGCUGUCUUUGAAUUUUUGCUUGGAAAGAGUCAACGAUUUCGUGUUGGACUUGUUGCUCUCCAACAGCUGCGCGUUUUCUCCAUUUCGAUUCACCUUGGUGUUGAAUUCUGGGGCCUCUAGGACCGAUUCAGGUCGAGCAAAUGCGUGCUCCCUGUUCUUCGUCCAUCCCUCGAUGGUACCAUGCUCUUGUUUUGCGCUGCGCAAUUCGUUAAUGGGUAGUUUGAAAGCUUCCUGAUACAGAGCAGUUGAAUGGUCCGGUUGCAAUGAUCGAGGGAGAUGCAGAGGCGAGCUCCCGGAGGGAAGGUUCUUCCUCCGUUCCUCAGAGGAAAACUUUCUGGAGAUCAGUUUCAUGGUCUUCGCGCUCUCCGUCUUCCAGCUCUGCUACUGGCGACGGUGAAGGUUUGCCAUCGAAUUCUGCUUUCGCCGGCGAGAUGGGCAAGUCUCCCUUCUCCAGCGGGCUCCCUGCUCCACUUACCCCUCGCUCCCAGCACAGCUCCAAGGCGAGGUCUGCGCUGCCCCCUCUGCAACCACUUUCCAUCUCCCGCAGGAGUGUGGACGAAUGGCCGAAGGCGGGGUCCGACGAUUUAGGCGAGUGGCCUCAUCCGCCGACGCCUGGCGCGAGUCUUCGGUCCUAUAACAUGGCUGGCCUGAAUAUCGACCUUAAUUCUGGUGGCCUUGGCUCAGGGAAGAAAGAGUUUCUGCUUAAGAAGGACAAGAUCGCCUUCUUUGACAAGGAGUGCAGUCGGAUCGCGGAGCAUAUCUACUUGGGCAGCGACGCCGUUGCCAAAAAUAGGGAAAUUCUGAGGCAGAAUGGCAUCACCCACGUUCUGAACUGCGUUGGAUUCGUCUGCCCAGAGUAUUUCAAGAAGGAUCUCGUCUACAAGACUCUGUGGUUGCAGGAUAGUCCUUCCGAGGAUAUCACCAGCAUCCUCUAUGAUGUCUUUGAUUAUUUCGAAGACGUAAAGCAGCAGGGUGGAAGAGUUCUAGUCCAUUGCUGCCAGGGAGUUUCGCGUUCGACCUCGCUGGUGAUUGCCUACCUCAUGUGGAAAGACGGGCGGAGCUUUGAUGAAGCAUUUGAGUAUGUGAAAUCUGCCCGGCCGACGGCGAAUCCAAACGUCGGAUUCACUUGCCAGUUGCUGCAAUGCCAGAAGAGAGUGCAUGCUGCCCCACUUAGUCCGAGCUCAGUGCUCAGAAUGUACAGAAUGGCUCCUCACUCACCCUACGAUCCACUUCAUCUGGUGCCCAAGUCUUUGAAUCGGCCUGGUGCCCUAGCCCUGGACUCCAGAGGGGCAUUUGUUGUUCAUGUUCCUUCUGCAAUUUAUGUGUGGAUUGGAAAAGAAUGCCAUCCUGUAAUGGCGAAGGAUGCCAAAGCGGUAGCAUGUCAAGUCGUUCGUUAUGAGCGAGCUCAAGGUUCGGUGGUUAUGGUGGAAGAAGGUCGAGAGAUGCAAGAAUUCUGGGAUGCCUUAUGCAGUGCUCCUCUAUCCGUUGAUGAUACUGAUAGUACAAAAAAGGAAGGACGUGCAGGUGAUGCAGUUGAGUCUAAGAGAACUGCAAAGGAUCAGGUGGCUCUAGCAAUUAAGCUUGGGACCGGUAACAAGAAGGUUCAAGCAUAUGAUGUCGACUACGAGAUCUUUCAGAAGGCGCUUUCAGGUGGUGUUGUUCCACCGGUUGGAUCUGAUACUAAACUUCCUGAAAGGGAAAAUGGAUGGAGUGCACUUCGGCAGAAGUUCAGCAAUGGCAGUGGGAAAGAUCUGGUACUUACAUCCAGGAUGAAGGAUAGUGAUGCCCCUCCUGCUGAGAGUCCACUGGUUAGAGAUUCGGAUUCAUGCCAGGAUAGUUUUGCUGUUGAUGCAUCUGAUCCUUCUUGGGUUCUGCCUUCUCCUACAUUGUCACCUGCAUCAGUCUUUUCUGAUUCAAAUACUAGCUUGAAUUCCAGCACUUUGUCACCUUCACCUUCACCAUCAUUUUCACCGUCCAUAUCAGACUUUGGCAGUUCAUCCACGCCUUCUCCUGUUGCAUCCACGUGGUCUGAUUUCACGUUCAUGUCUUCUAGAUCACCAUCUCCAACUGCACCAUUUGAUAAGCCAUUUCCAUUUAUAAACCGCUUGGAGCCUGCACCAAAAGCGGUUCCUGGCCCAAAUGAAGGACAACCUCUAUCUCUAGCCGAGCGCAGAGGAAGUAUGUCACCAUCUUUGAAGUUGCCCUCAUUGGUUCAUCAUCAUCCCCAUAUUUCUUUAAUGAGGUCACGGUCCAUUUCUCUACCAGUUUCAGAUGAAAAGAAAUUAAGUGGAAGCAGUGACAGCAUGCUUAUAUCUGAAGGUCCGGAGAGCUCAAGCAAAAAGGACCAUCCAUUGGAUGCCACAGAAAUGGGCAGUGUAACGGAAGUUAAUGUUAUGCUUGAGAGUUGCAAUGACAGCUUGCUCGCGAGAGACUUUCAUCUGAAAUUGAGUACUUUAGAUGGUAGUACUUAUUCUAGAAGUUCUAAUAUGACUGAUGCAUUACUUGAACGCCAAGACUCUCAAGUUUCUGGUCUCCCGAAAAAACUGACAUCUAAUGACUCUAAAUCAUCCAUAUUCCGGUGGCCUGAUCUGCGAAGAGCUGAGGUGCAUGGAACUUGCAUUCCAGACUCCAAUUCAGUUUUUCUUUCGCCAGUGCCAGCCUUAGGAGAGGAGCAUAUUAAGGUUUUAUAUGUCUGGGUUGGCAAAAAUACUGAGCUUGAUAGGUUUCGUAAAAUGAACAACAAUGAUAACACAAGUCCUAAAGAGUUCGACUGGGAGAGAUUUAGUAGUGAACUUCUCAAGCAAAUGGAACUGCCAAGUCUCAUCCAUUUACAGAUAGUCGAAGAGGAAAACGAACCAGAGGAAUUCCUAGACCAUCUUAAGUCUAUCUCAUCAUCCCACAUUGAGGAUAGCUGCUGAAGUGAAGAGACCCUGUUUGAACAAAGUCAUGGCACCUAGUUAUUCUUUGGCCCCUUAUGCCCAACAGAUCUGCAAGGCCAAGAAAUUUAAUUAUAACGAUCUGUUUUCAAAGUGUAAGGCUAAUGAGAGCAGAUCUGUGUUGACAUUUAGUCCCUGAACAGAAUCUGUUGAAUGCACAGUGUGGGCUUUGUCCAAAGAAGCUGCCGAGUUUGACGGUGAAACAAUCACAAGGGCAAAGAAGUUUGUGAAGAAACGGAAGCAUACACUAUUUCUUCUGUCCUCUGGUGCAAUCGAAAAAAUAGGUGCAACCAAUGCCAAAGGCAUUGCGUUGAUACAGUGUUUUAUAGUAUAAUAAAAACUUAAAUUCGUAGAA